UCAACCACCAACCACCCCUUUUCCUCAACUUUUCUUAAUUGAAGGACCACCUUGCUGACCGUAUCAACGAUGAGCAAGGUAGUUUUUGUUGGCAAUGUCCCUUAUAACAUGGGAGAGGAGCAAUUGAUAGAUGUUUUCAAAUCUGUCGGGCAGGUUGUUGGAUUCAGAUUAGUGUUUGACCGUGAAACCGGAAAGCCGAAAGGAUAUGGAUUCUGCGAGUUCUCUGACCACGAAACAGCUGCAUCCGCUGUACGGAACCUCGACAGCGUCGACGUUGGGGGACGACCCUUGCGGAUAGAUUUGGCUGAUUCAGACCCGUUCCUUGAAGGAAAAACUACUGUUCGUGGAGAACUUGUCGAUGGUGGUGUCCCAGGACCGGCUGAGCAGCGGACGUGGAGUGGAACUGGUCGUGGAGGUGGUCGAAGCAGUGAAACGGACACAUUUCUAGCCAGCCUGCCUCCCGGUAUCAAGCUCCCUCUUGGAACGACAUCUGCUGAUGCCAUCAGCCACCAUCUUGCUACGAUGGCUCCGAACCAACUCAUGGAAGUUCUGGCCCAAAUGAAGGCCUUUGUGAUAACGCACUCCGAGCAAGCACGAAAACUGCUAGUCGCACAUCCUCAACUCGCAUAUGCGCUCUUCCAGGCUCUCCUAUUGAAUCAAAUAGUAGACCCCAUGAUUCUUCAACGAAUGCUUGCAGCGACGUCGGCUGCGCCACCACCUGUGCAACAACUUCCCCAACCAGCAUUCGCGCCUCCUAUGCAACAGUUCCCGCCACCGCAAAAUGGCAUACCAUCAGCGCCAACGCCUUCCAUUCCGAUGUAUCAUCAACAACAGCAGUUCGUCCCGCCGCCACAGCCCCCCUCGUACUACCGCCCUCCACCUCCGCCGCAACUUCAGCCGCCCCCCCAGUUGGCUCCUCCCCCACAACAAGCAUCGGCACCGUCGCAAUCACAGGAUAAUAUCAAUGAGCAUCAGAGAGCUAUGUUGAUGCAAGUUUUGGCUAUGUCGCCGGAUCAGAUUGGUGCUCUUCCGGAAGGUGAGCGUGCGGCCAUCCAGCAACUUCGCGCGCAAUUUCUGGGAACCGCAGCAUGAGUGCGAUCCCAGAGACGUACAGUCCUUGAGGACGGACAGGGUCGUUAGGGGAGUCAGGGUAGAGGAUUGUGGAUGAUUAUAAAAACGAUUAUGAGCACGAUGAUGGUCUCAAUGGUUCUGCCUCCCGCUUAAUUCGGGUCACCACGGACAACGAAGACCCCAAUGCCGGGCCCAUCCCCAUAAUCGUUUUUUGUAAUCGAGGCGUAAUCCCUUACUCUGACGCCCUGAUGAAUUCACAACGUCGAUAUUCGCUGCAGUGUUACCUACAAGUCCAAAAAACCUAAUAAUUUUAUCAUCA